AAAGCAUGAAGUACCUACCAGUUUGUGUGUUUCUGGCAACUUUUACUUUCGGUGCUAAGCUGCCAUCCACUUUUACUAAAUGUAACCCCAAACAAAGCGAUUUCCAACAAUGCCUGACCAAAGCCAUCGAAAGUGCCGUCCGGCAGCUAACCCGUCCAAUCAAGGAGGUGAAUUUACCAAACAUGAAACCAUUGGAAAUACCAUCGAUGAUUAUUGGUGAGGGUUCAGGACCAGUGGCCACCAAACAAAUAUUCAAAAAUAUGAAUGCUAGUGGUUAUGACGAAAUUACGUGUUCUAAGGCCGAACUGGAUUUUAACACGAAGAAGCUAAAUUUGACGUGUUUGAUACCGACGUUUCGGAUGGACUUCGAGUAUGAAAUGAGUGGGCGGAUUUUGGUGCUGCCGGUGGUAGGAAAAGGGCCUGGAUGGAUCGUUUUACAUGAUUUUAAUUUGGGGCUGAUUUUUGAUUUGGAAGAGUAUCAGAAAAAAGGGAAGAAAUAUUUUCGCGCUACUGGGCAUCAUUUGACUAUAACCCCGCGGCUUAUUGAGGUCAAAUUGGAUAAUUUGUUUGACGGUGAUAAGGCCCUGGGCGAUAAUUUGAAUAAGGUGAUGAACGAUAAUUGGGAGGCGCUUUUUGCUGAUGUUAAGCCGAGUUAUGAGGAAGGUUUUGGGAGCGUUUAUGCGUCGAUUUUUAACCGGUUGUUGGCGAAAGUGCCCGUGAGUGAACUCUUCAGUGACGGGUGAAUUAUUUAUUUGUGAAAGAAAAAAUUAACUUUUUACUGUUGCCAGUGUAGUGUUUUUAGUGGCUUGUAGAUUUCUAAUAAAAUCUAAUAUGUUUUUAAAAAUGUAUUGCAGACAUAACUGUUUAUUUAUUAUUAUUGAACAGUUUUCUUGUAUACCAAAAA